CCAUCAAACGACUUCACUGAGCUGCACCAAACGAUCAUUGUAAAAUGAAAACAACCAUUCACGUAGCCUGUCUACUAGCACUGAGUCUAGUUGUCAUUGUGCAGGCGAUCGGCGAAUCAACUGCACAAUGCAACACAGUGUUUAAGAAACUCACAAAAAAGAAAUUUUGCGAUGCUACACGCUACGAAAACAUUCUGGGAGUCGACAUGGUCCGGAUGCUGGACUGCGUCUUGAAAGCGGUGAAGGUGGUCGACCAAACAGGAAUGGCGGACUACCGGAAGCUGUACGAUCCGAUGAAGAGAAUCAGGCCAGAUCGGAAGCAUGAUUUUAAUUUGGAAUCGUGCAUGGGCAGGAGCCACAAUUUGCUGCCGACAUCCAAACGGGCCCAUGAUUUUUACAAGUGCAUGAUGAAAAGUGAUUCAAAGGAAGCGUUCAAAAAGGUGCUGAAUGAGAAAAUUUGUCAAAAAUGGUUUCCGAAGCUUUGAAGCAAAGUAAUAAAAAUCUUGACUUGAUUAUGGUA